AAAUCAAGAGAGACAGAGAGAGAAAGUGAUGGAUGUUGGUUUCUUUACAUAUUAGGAUUGGGGAGUUGAAUUUGGGGGACCUGUGAUUUCAAUUUAUAAAAGCUGGACAAGACCUGUCGUGUCCUUCCUUCUUGGCUCUGUCUAAUGUUUCACACAAGUCAAAUUCUCGAAAUCUAGGGCUUUAUUAACAGUUAACAAGGAGAACACAGAGAGGGAGAGAAUGAGCGCUUCAAGGUUCAUAAAGUGCGUUACCGUGGGUGAUGGUGCUGUUGGCAAGACUUGCAUGCUCAUUUCAUACACCAGUAACACUUUCCCUACGGAUUAUGUGCCAACUGUGUUUGACAACUUCAGUGCAAAUGUGGUGGUGGAUGGGAAUACCAUUAAUCUAGGACUAUGGGACACUGCCGGCCAGGAAGAUUAUAAUAGAUUGCGCCCCUUGAGCUACCGUGGGGCAGAUGUUUUCUUGCUUGCGUUUUCUCUCAUUAGCAAACCUAGCUAUGAAAAUGUUGCAAAAAAAUGGAUUCCAGAAUUAAGGCAUUAUGCGCCUGGUGUUCCAAUUAUUCUUGUUGGAACAAAGCUUGAUCUUCGGGAUGACGUACAAUUUUUUAUAGACCACCCUGGUGCAGUUCCCAUAACCACAGGCCAGGGUGAGGAACUUCGAAAGCUGAUUGAAGCUCCUGUUUACAUUGAAUGUAGCUCAAAAACCCAGCAGAAUGUGAAAGCCGUUUUUGAUGCGGCCAUUAAGGUAGUUCUCCAGCCACCAAAGCAGAAGAAGAAAAAGAAGAGAAAGGCACAAAAGGCCUGCUCUAUCUUGUAGUAAAGGACAAACUGCAUUUCAGGGUUGAAGUCAGGACAGGACUAAUUAUUGAUUUCCCGUGUUAGUUUCUCAAGAUUACCAUAAAUGAUCUCAUCCCUUCCUGCCUUGAGGAAGCAGUAGACUGGUUUAGUUGCAAAUUAACUCAUCUAAGGAGCUCUCACUAAGCAUCAAAUGAUUUGUCCGUGCUGGGUUAUGUUUUGCUUUGUAUAUCAGAUGUUUCCCUUUUCCCUUAGCAGACCCCUAUAUCAUCUUCCCCCCUGUCCCUAUAUAUGUAUGAAGCAUAUGUAUUGACUAGAAUGAGGAAAAUUUGUUCUUGAAGAACCCAACUCUUUCCCUUAUAUUUUGUUCUGUAUCCAUAUGUUUGUAAUUUUGUGUUGAACAAUGACAUAUCAGCUUACCUUAUUUUAGCGUAUUUGAUAUCUGCACCAUUCUUGCCA